GCUGCUGGUGCAUCCACCAGGCUGAUUGUUUGCUCAGGGAAGCUAAACCAUCUAUCACCAGAAAUGUCUUCAGAAAGUGAGGAGCAACAUGACCUUUCACUGAGGGCCUCAGAUGAAGAAAAGGACAGUUUUUCAUCCAGGGUCCCCCUGGAGACCCAAAAAGAAACAAGCACUAACUUCAAACAACUUGAGACGGACAAUCAAUGCAGAUCUUACCGUGGGAUCCAUCUGGAGCCUCAAGAGAAAACAAAUACUAGCAUCAAACAGUUUAUCACCAAAAAGCUACAGAAGAGUUGCCAGUGUAGCCCAAUGAAAGCCAAAAAUAUGAUUUAUGAUUUUCUGCCCGUUCUGCGGUGGCUCCCAAAAUAUGACCUCAAGAGAAACAUUUUAGGAGAUGUGAUGUCUGGCCUGAUUGUGGGCAUCUUACUGGUGCCCCAGUCCAUUGCUUAUUCCCUCUUAGCCGGCCAAGAGCCUAUCUUUGGGCUAUACACCUCUUUUUUUGCCAGCAUUAUUUAUUUCCUAUUCGGCACCUCCCGUCACAUCUCUGUGGGCAUUUUUGGAGUACUGUGCCUUAUGAUUGGUGAGGUAGUUGACCGAGAACUGCACAAAGCUGGCUAUCCUACUGCAGGUAUUGCUCCUUCUUUUGGAGUGAUUUCCAAUGCGAGCACAUUAAUAAAUAUGUCAGACAGGAUAUGUGACAAGAGCUGCUAUGCAAUUAAAGUUGGCAGCACUGUGUCCUUUCUGGCUGGAGUUUAUCAGGUAGCUAUGGGCUUCUUCCAAGUGGGCUUUAUCUCUGUCUACCUCUCAGAUGCCUUGCUGAGUGGAUUUGUCACAGGUGCCUCCUUCACGAUUCUUACCUCUCAGGCCAAGUAUCUCCUUGGUCUUAGCCUUCCUCGGAGUAAUGGCGUGGGCUCACUCAUCACCACCUGGAUACAUAUCUUCAAAAACAUCCUUAAGACCAAUCUCUGUGAUCUCAUCACCAGCAUUCUAUGUCUUUUGGUCCUUUUGCCUACCAAAGAAAUCAAUGAACACUUCAAGUCCAAGCUCAAGGCACCAAUUCCCACUGAACUCAUUGUUGUUGUGGCAGCCACAUUAGCAUCUCAUUUUGGAAAAUUAAAUGAGAAUUAUAAUUCUAGUAUCUCUGGACAUAUUCCCACUGGGUUUAUGCCACCUAAAGCUCCAGACUGGGACCUAAUUCCUAAUGUGGCUGUUGAUGCAAUUGCCAUUUCCAUCAUUGGUUUUGCUAUCACUAUAUCCCUUUCUGAAAUGUUUGCCAAGAAGCAUGGCUACACGGUCAAAGCCAAUCAGGAAAUGUAUGCCAUUGGCUUCUGCAACAUUAUCCCUUCCUUCUUCCACUGCAUCACUACUAGUGCUGCUCUUGCAAAAACAUUGGUUAAGGAAUCGACAGGCUGCCAAACCCAGCUUUCAGCUGUGGUGACCGCCCUGGUUCUUUUGUUGGUCCUUCUGGUAAUAGCUCCUUUAUUCUUUUCCCUUCAGAAAUGUGUGCUUGGGGUGAUCACUAUUGUAAAUCUCCGGGGAGCCCUUUGCAAAUUCAGAGAUCUGCCCAAGAUGUGGAGGGUUAGCAAAAUGGAUACAGUUAUAUGGUUUGUUACUAUGCUGUGCUCUGCUCUGAUAAGCACUGAAAUAGGCUUGCUUAUUGGGGUUUGUUUUUCUAUGUUUUGUGUCAUCCUCCGCACUCAGAAGCCAAAGAUUUCAUUGCUUGGCUUAGUAGAAGAGUCUGAAAUCUUUGAAUGCAUGACUGAUUACAAGAACCUUCAGACGAAACCAGGUAUCAAAGUUUUCCGCUUCAUAGCCCCUCUCUACUACAUAAACAAAGAAUCCUUUAAAUCUGCUUUAUACAAAAAAACACUAAACCCAGUCUUAGUAAAGGCAGCUCAGAAGAAGGCAGCAAAGAGAAAGCUCAAAGAGGAAACGGUGACUUUAAGUGGAAUCCAGGAUGAAGUUUCAGUGCAGCUUUCCCAUGACGCCGUGGAGCUGCACACGAUAGUGAUCGACUGCAGUGCAAUACAGUUUCUAGAUACAGCAGGAAUCCAAACAUUGAAAGAAGUACGCAGAGAUUAUGAAGCCAUUGGCAUCCAGGUGCUGCUGGCUCAAUGCAAUCCUUCUGUGAGAGAUUCCCUGGUCAGAGGAGAAUAUUUCAAAGAGGAUGAAGAAAACCUUCUUUUCUAUAGUGUGUACAAAGCAGUGGCAUUUGCAGUAGAAUCUCAAAACCAGAAAGGAGUUUGUCUUCUCAAUGGUAUAAGUGACUGAUGGAGAUAAAAUAGAUGGAAGGAAAAAGAAUGCCUAGCCAAUAGAUAAAGUAUCAGUACACAACAUUUUCCACUAUGGAACUGGAAAUCCUUGCACACUUGAAAUUAAUUCUUCCUUUGAAGAUAAUGUUCUUACAUUUUCAAAUGAAGCAGAGCUGAUAAGUGGGCAGAAUCAAAAAGAAAAGAAUGCUGUAGUUUCAGGCUCUCAUAUAGUAAGAGGUAUUUCUGGGUGUGGUCUAUGUGUACUGAAUUGAACCACCUUACUUUAAUACUGUACAUUUGGGCUCUUCCUCCUCUAGAGGUAAAAGGGAGAAGUUGAGGUAUGCCUUGGAAGUGCUGAGACCUUUGCUUGGCUCUGUGGAGAAAGAGGGAAGAAGGCAGGGGAAUUGUGCCUGCUUUUCAUGCCAGCGGUCAACCAGCCAAGUUUAUUCUUAGCCGUGUUUCUCUGUCUCCACACAGAAGUAGCAUCUCUAGCUUUUAGGAGAAAGCACUAUCCCUCCUUCCCUUAAGGCAGGGAACUCCUGCCUUAAGUCUCAUGAGGAAUCUGAUGGCAGGUUUGGCACAUCCUGACAGCCACCCUGACAUACACAACACCCAUUGUGAACAACUGACACACCAUUAUAUCUAGGGUAAAUAGGUAAGCAGGGUUAGAAAAAAUGGAUCUGUUUUGGCUUCCAGUUACCUUAGUAUGCUUUCCCAUGGAAUCUGUUGUAAACUAGUGUUUGUUUGUUUUAUAUCAGCCACAUGCCAUACAAAAUAGUAUACUAAUUCAGCAGUUUCUUACAGCAUUUUAAAUGAGUUUGUGAUACACUGUCACAGACAGAUUUCAGAAAGGAAUGAGUGACGGUUCCCUUAAGAAUUACAGUCCUUG